AUAAUGGAAUCGAAUCAAUACAAGUAAUUAACUGUGAACUGUAAAUAAAACGAUAUUUAUCAAUUCCAUGUAUUUUAUAGAUAAAAGAUAACGGUGAUGGAAUUGAAGAAAAAGAUAGACUUUAUGUAGCAAAGAGACAUUUUACUUCUAAAUUGACCACAUUUGAAGAUUUAGAAUCUACCUUGACUUUUGGUUUUCGUGGUGAAGCACUUAAUUCUAUAUGCACCAUCUCAGACAAAGUUGUACUUACGACAAGAACAAAAACAGAUGUUAUUGGUAGACAAUAUGAGAUCAAUAAAAAGGGAGACCUCUCAAAAGAUAAACCUAUAAACGUAUUUCCUACAACUGGGACAAUGAUCACUGUAUAUAAGCCAUUUUAUAAUUUACCUGUAAGACGACAAUUAGCUACUAAGAAUGCUUUACAACAUAUAAAAAAGAUACAACAAGAGUUGUUAAUCAAAUAUGCACUUGCCUAUCCCAAAAUUAGAUUUUCAUUUUAUAACAUUCUUAAUACUCAAAACCAAGUUUGGACCAGGCCUAUUGCGCAUUCUAUUGAAGAUACGUUGGCUAUCCUUUAUGGUUUUCAAUUACGCCAAAUGGUAAAUCGAUAUAUCGAAACUGAUCCACAGCAUCCUACAUUGACUAUAGAUAUGAUUAUACCCAAAUCAAAUUCAGAUCCCUCUGUUAUUUUAAAGGAAGAUCGAAUCUUUGUCUACGUUAAUCAAAGACCAAUCAAUUAUGUAAAAUCUGAAUUAAAAUAUGCUAUAUCUAUGAUUAGAGAUAGAUAUCGUCAAGCGAUUGGAUUGUCAUCAGAAAUAACUAGAAGAAAGAACCCGUUUAUUUAUCUUGAUAUUCAGAUAGCCCCUAAUGAAUAUGAUGUCAAUAUUGAACCUAAUAAAACAACAAUUUUAUUACAUAAUAAACAACUUGUAUAUAAUCUCAUCGAAAGGAUUCUAAAUGAAGCCUAUCCCGCCAAUACUGAUUUCUUUUCUUUAAGGCAGAGUACAUUACCGUUCGAGCCAAAUAAAGAAUCUAUGAAAGAUACAGUAGCACAUUCGAACAAAGAGAUAGAGCCUUAUCAAAAUAAUGAAACAAACCAGAUAACCUCAAGCGUCUCAGAUAAAUCAAUCGAUACAAAGACAGACUCUUAUCAAGAGACUGUAGUAGCUGAUGAUACAGUAUCAUCAUUAUUCAAGAAUCCAAAAAGGAAUGAAUGGAGCUUUUCAAUGAUGAGUGAUCAUAGUGAAGAAGAAGAAAUAGACGAAUUAUUAUCAGAUCAAGAUCAAGAACAUCAAACGUUAACAUCUAUUUCAAAAUGGCAAAUCGAUAAUGUACAUACAGCUAUCACCCAUACCAGUCCUUUUGUUCAACAACAACAACAACAAUCUACGUUUAAAAUGAAUCCAGUUCAUGAUGAUACUAUCCCUCAAUCAAUUUUAGACUCUCCAGAUUUAUUUAUUCCACAAAAAAGAAAGCAGUCGCAGACGAAACCACUUUAUCAUCCUCAUAUGCAACAAAAGCAACAGCGCCUAUUGACGACGUCCUUUGUACAUCCUCUGCCCUCAACUCUAAAUCAAGUCAAGACAAUUGAAUGUUCGUUACAACAGAUACAGUCUAAUUAUACACAACGUCAAGAGUGGCUAAAAAAUACGCAUCAUAUUCGUAUCGAGGAUUAUUUAUUAUCUAAUCGCAAUGAUACUCAGCAAACGACUACCAUUCUAGCUUUAUUGUCAUUAAAUAAAAAUGACUUGUGGUUUUAUAGUCGUGGAACAAAGCAGCAUAGAGAUCAGAUUACUGAAUUAGGUGUUGUAAAGUUAACAUCCACUUGUAUUCACAAUUUAUUUUUACAGUUUCUAAAAGAUUAUCAAUUGAUAUGUAAAAAAAAUUUAGAAAGACCUAUUCAGAUUGAAUUCAAGGAAGAUAAUCCUUUAUGCGCAACACUUUUAUCUUUAAAGAGCAAGGAGGUAUUAGUUCAAGAUGAUUUACAUGGACAGAAAGAAAUAACGUAUAGUCAAGUGAUUGAUGAUACACUGGUUUGGAAUGGGUUUAAAGUAAGAUGGCGUAAAGAUCAUGUUCAAGGUAUACUGAUAGUUCAAAUUAUUGCUAUUUAUGAUAUUGGACAAUGUUAUGGUCCUGAUGACUUGCGAGAAAUUCUUCAGGGUAUUGAUAAAAAUCAAAAGACGAUCCUAAGACCACGAAAAGUGAAAGACCAUCUUUGGGGUCUUGCCGAAAGAGCGUAUGAUAAAAGGCAAGAGAAAGAUAACAAUACUGAGAUUAUAGAAAGGACAUUGGACCAACUUAGAUGGGAAAGAAAGAUAACUAAGAAUGAAGAAGAAACAGAUUGGCAAUUAGGAUAUUCUCCCUAUAUUCCUGAUCGUAUUCUUGCAUGUAAAUUGAUUAGCAAUUAGUAAACGUAUACAUUAUUUAUUUAUUUAUUUAACAAUAAUAAUAAUAAAGCAUCC